GUAUAAAAUAGGCAUGUGGCCAGUAGUAGUUUAAUCAGUGAACGAGUUGGCACGGGACUACACUUUUGCUGGAAGGAACAUUCUCGCUUUGGCUUUGCAUUUUAGGAUGAAAUCCUGUAUUACGGUUUGGUUAGCCCUGUUAGUAGCAGGUGCUUUCGGUGUACCUGCGGUAGAUAGACGGGAUGUCCAGGAUGCGGCCAAAUUUCGCUGGUGUGUACCGGCCGAGCUAUUGGAUGAUUGUGUACGUUUAACCGGUACCGCUGCAGUUCCGAUCGGAUGUGUAGGUGGGAUCGAUCGUCUAGACUGCUUGCGUAAAGUGCAGAACCGCCAGGCGGAUUACCUCGUGGCAGAUCCGGAGGAUGUUUACGUUGCGUCACACUUCGACAAUCAGGAUUUUGUCGUAUUCAGUGAACUGCGCACGGCCGAAGAACCGACAGCCAUGUUCCGUUACGAGGGUAUUAUGCUGGUGCGGGCGUCCGAUAACUUCCACAGCUUGGCUGAUCUGCGCGGCAAGCGUUCCUGUCAUACCGGGUUCGGGCGUAAUGUGGGAUAUAAAAUUCCGGUAACACGGCUGCAGCGUGCCGGCGUGCUAAAGCUACCCCCAGGGGACGGAUCGUUAUCACCGGUCGAGCGAGAGUUGGCCGGUCUGUCGGAGCUGUUCAGUGCGUCGUGUUUACCGGGUAGCUACUCCUCCGAUGCCGGUAUCGAUCGAUUACUGAAGGGUCGCUACGCGAACCUUUGCGAACGUUGCAAUCAGCCGCAACAAUGUGCCAAAGAUGAUCGGUAUGCCGGGUAUGAGGGAGCUAUACGAUGUUUGGUAGAGAAUGGUGGUGACGUGGCAUUCAGCAAGACCAUAUACGUCCGCAAGUACUUCGGGCUGCCCGUGACGCCUGGUGGUUUGCCUGUGCCCGCACUUAAUCCAAGCGCACGAGCCGAAGACUUCGUCUAUCUGUGUGAGAACGGCACAACUCGUCCGAUUGCCGACGGACAACCAGUUUGUUCCUGGGCUCAACGUCCUUGGCAGGUACUACUCGGCAAUGGUGAUCUGAGUGGUGCAGGAUUGCAGGAACUGCAGACACUCGGACAACAGCUUCAUCGUUACUGGACCGAUCCGAACAACCAAGUAUCCGAUGCGGACCGACGCACGGCUCAGAAGCUCUGGAUUGACCAGAAGGCACCGAUAGUGGAUCGACAAAAUACGGUAGCACCUCGCGAAUACCUCGCGCAGGCUAACUACGCGGAAGUGAUCGAACGUGAAGGACGCUUCGGUAACGUGCUACGACUCUGCGUCGUAUCCGAAGAUGAGCGCCAGAAAUGUGAGCUGAUGCGUCAAGCUGCAUAUUCGCGGGACAUUCGUCCUGCACUGCAGUGCGUCCUAAAGACAGCCGACGCAUGUGUGGCCGCAGUACGCGAUGGUACCCAAGCCGAUGUGGUUGUCCUGAGGCAACCCAAUGUCGAGCUGAAGCCACUCAUGUGGGAAACGUAUGAUGACGUAAUGGUGGCGAUAGCUGAUAAGACAAUUACCAACGAGCGUCUGCGGAGCGGCCCAGUUGCAUUGGAUUCAUCGAAUGAACAGGCGGCAGCAGCGGCAAGAAUACUUUCUUCGAAGCUACCCUCGCUGCGGGUAGUUGAUGUCAAUUCACCCGACGGUGUAUCCGCCCCGAUUCGUAUCGUGCGCUCCAAAACAUUGACGGAAAAUCAGGACAACACGGAUAAAGUACUCGUUUGUGUAGAUCUAAGCUUUCAACCACUCUCGAACGUAGCAAACUGUCACCUGGAGUCGAAUCUCAACUCCGAGCGCAAUGCAGCUGCCAUCUACGUCCGGCAGGAUGUGGAUGAAGCCUUGCAGGAUAGUGUCGUGCACGCGUUUACCGCUUUGUCCGAAGCAUUUGGACGCGGACAUUCGAAGGAGCAAGUGUUUCGCAUGUUUGGACCAUUCCGGCUCCGGGACGGCGAGGUGAAGGAACAUUUGAUCUUCCACGACUACGCAUCAGAACUGGCCGUCAGCAAAUAGUCGUGAGGGAGUAAUUCGCAACGUAUAUAACCGAAAACCCCCAGUACAAUAGCUUUCGUUUCUGUGUCUAUGUUUAGUGCUCUCUAGCUGAUGCUUUUUAGCGUCUUCAGCAAUCUAUACUAAAAAGGUUCAAGAAUCACAAUUACGAAUCCUAUAUUUGUGUAUCACGGCGACGUACACUGCAAUUACUCUGUCGUUCCCUUGUGCUAAUGAAUCGUAAAUAAAACUCCUUGUUUAUUCAACGGCAAAGCAAAGCAUAAAAAAACGAAAGUGAGUUCUAGUAUUUGAU